AUGAUAAGUGGAAGCGCUCGAGACAGCAAUUUUUGUGACAAAAGUGACAACAUUAAAAUGCCUGAAGGAAACGUUGGGCAAACUGCGAAUUUCCCUUGGCUGGGAAUACUAAGAGUACAAUUACGGGAGCCUUAUUCAAAAAACUACCGGGUUGCCGUAACCGGGGUGGUUCUAAUCAAACUGAACUACGCUUUAGCAGUAUCCAAAGAUAUUGCUAAAAUACCCAAACAUAUACUAUUGGAUGAUAGCAAUGUACUGUUCAUCUCUACGGUAAAUACCACAACGUAUGUCAAGGUUAAGGACUGUCUGCACCAUCCUGAACACGAAGUGUUGACGUUGAACACCAUUACUAUCAUAGAAUUGGAAAUAACAAAAAAUUUACACAAGGUAUUUGAAAAAGAAAUACACAAAAUGCUUUAUUUUGACAAACAAAUGUGUGAUGAAUUCUACAUUAGAUCAAACCUGAAUGAAGAGUUGAAGACUCCAACGCGAUACGAAUGCGCCUUUGCAGUUCACAACGAAGGUGCCUGCGUUGUCGAGAAUGGUAUGGCCAUUGUCAGUAACGCAUCUGGGUACUGGAUGUUGAUCGGCCUGAGUCUCCACGGGCCCGGCUGCGCAGCCCCCAAUCGCUUCAUUGAACUGAGCACGUUCCUGCCAUGGCUGACCAGAUCCACGGAUGAUGCCGACGUCAUAUCGGAUGAAAAAUAUAGAAGAUCUUUUGACGCUGCCUAG